CGAAACCCUUCAAAUUUCCAAACCAAAACUCCAAGUUACCGCACUUCCAAACUGUAGAGAUGGACCGCAAAGAUAAUCAAUAUCCUCAAGGUGAGACAGUUCGGAUUCUGGUUGAAUUCCCGGAGGUGGCAAUCACUUCAAUCGUUUUCCUCAAAGGAAUUUACCCUCCAGGUGAUUUUGAAAUAAGGAAAUAUGUGAAUUUGGUGGUUCAUAGCGCUCGUCACCCUGAACUCAGAGAUUAUAUCCAUUCUGCUGUCUCGGGACUUCAUCCUUUCAUCCAAAAGGGUCUGGUGGAGAGAGUAGUAGUUAUUUUCUUUAACAGUGAUAGCAUCCUUGUGGAAAGAUUUAUGUUUAAGCUCACUGUGAAUCAGUCUUAUGGCUUAAGGGUGGAAGAAGCUGACCUGGAGUUCUCACUAAGGUCGCUUUUUAUCGAGCUUCCUUUCGCAGAAUCCCUCACACGGGUUCUUCCCCAGGUGUUGUUGGAAAUCUGCCUGACCUGGCGGCCGUCAUAUGCAAAACCUCGAAGAGAUGAUCUUUCUUCAAAAGCUAGCUCAUUGGCCUUAUUCUGCAGAGAAAUGAAGGAUAAUUAUAGCAUCCUUCGGUUUUGA